AGCACAGCGCUCCGGACCUUUGCCUUCAGCAUCAGCAGAUCCAGAUCCUGCACAGAGCGUCGAUCUCCAGCGCGGAACACACCGUGAAAACAAGCCCAGCAGGAUACUACGUGGGGUGAUGGCUCCGUUACUAACAUUUGUGUGAUUUUUAAACCAGAUGCGAAAGCGCUGAUGUAAAGUUUCACGCCGCUCUCGUUUGAGUUGAGUUGAAGAUCUGAGACGCUGCGAGAGGAGGAAUUUAGCGUCUCCGCGCACCCGGACGCCUUGCGGGGACAUCGGGCACUUUUGUGAUCAGAGGACUGAACUUCUUUUUUUGUGUUUGUGGGUUUCUGACUCUCUCUGACAGAGUAAAUAUAGGAUUGUUCAAGCCUCUCUGAUUCGUGGAUGGAAUAAUCUAUAAUGCAAGGGCAAUGAGACCCGUGUCUGCAGCUGGGUAAUAAUCCGGACCACCGCGCCAACAGAAUGCAGGAGCGGGCGGCACAGAGGGUGUGCGCGUGGCUCUUGCUGGUGUUGUUGACCCUUCUGUCUCUCUGGGGUCAUCUGUCUGAUGCCUCCUCUCACCGCAGUCACAUCGUGCACGUGAAGGCUGGCACAUGUGAGGUGAUUGCAGCCCACCGCUGCUGUAACAGAAAUAAGAUUGAAGAGCGAUCACAGACAGUUAAGUGUUCCUGCUUCCCAGGACAAGUCGCUGGAACAACAAGGGCUGCACCCUCCUGUGUGGAUGCAUCUAUAGUAGCUCAGAAGUGGUGGUGUCAGAUGCAGCCGUGUUUGGAUGGUGAGGAGUGUAAAGUCCUGCCCGACCUUACAGGCUGGAGCUGCAGCACAGGAAACAAGGUGAAGACCACCAAGGUGACCCGAUAGUUCUACGCUCCAAGCAGACCCAACUCACUGCGGACAAAAGUGCUGAAAGUGAAGACUAACUAGAGACAGCAUUGAGCUUCAGCUAACAGGACCGAUCAGUAUUAGUCAAAGAUUAUUUGCAAUCAGAAUAUCUGAGGAGCAGACUGAUCUCCAGAAAUAUAUCCACCAUAAACAUUAGGACCGUCCUGAAGUCAAUGGACCCCCUGGCCUUCCGGACACUCGAUCUUCUGGGUGUGGAUCCAUAACCUCUGGAAUGUGUUUGCUGGGGGAUCUCAAUGUACGUAUGCAGUUGUUGUUUGUUUUUUUUUUUGUUUUUUUUUUUCUUACAGAAGUUUGGAUCAUCUAGACCAGUGCAGCGCAAUGGAGUUUAAGAUUUUCAGCAACAUGCUCUCCUUCCUUGCCCUUCAGUUCUUCCGACAAUUCCGUAAUCAUUCCUGCUCUACCUGAUAAGAUGGCCCGAUCAUUUCUUGGGAAUCCUUUAAAUAGCAUUUAAACGUAAAAUCAAUCUGGACCUUUAAUGGACUCGUCUUCUGUAUAUUGUUUGCUUCUAAAUUAAAGCUUUUCAAACCCACAGUCUGAAAUAAAAUAAUAAAUGUACCAGUAUAUUCAAGAAAAUGUUUAAGUGUAAAAGAUAAAAGUGUUAUUCUAAAAACAAGAAGAAUCAAGUUUAAAGGUUAUCAGUUUUAUUAUCAAGGUUUUUUUUUUCUUAUCCAGCCUGGUAACUGCUAUUGAGUACAUGUGUCAGUAUUACAUUCAA